AUUGUCGUCCUGAGCCAUGUGCUCUGUAUAAUUAAGAGCUGACACUGAAGCAGAGUAACAACAGCUUCUAAUUUUUUACCCCUGAUCACAGGUGCAAACAUCUCAAACCAGUUCAGAUGUUGCUGUUUCCUCAAGUUGCAGGUCUAUGGAAAUGCAGGAUCUAACCAGCCCGCAUAGCCGUCUGAGUGGUAGUAGUGAAUCCCCCAAACUCGAUAACUCUCAUAUAAAUAGUAAUUCCAUGACUCCCAAUGGCACCGAAGUUAAAACAGAGCCAAUGAGCAGCAGUGAAAUAGUUUCAACAACAGCAGACGGGUCUUUAGACAAUUUCUCAGGUUCAGCCAUUGGGAGCAGCAGCUUCAGCCCAAGACCAACUCAUCAGUUCUCCCCACCACAGAUUUAUCCUUCCAACAGACCAUACCCACAUAUUCUUCCUACCCCUUCUUCACAAACUAUGGCUGCAUAUGGGCAAACACAGUUUACUACAGGAAUGCAGCAAGCUACAGCCUACGCUACGUACCCACAGCCGGGACAGCCCUAUGGAAUCUCCUCCUAUGGUGCAUUGUGGGCAGGCAUCAAGACUGAAGGUGGAUUAUCACAAUCUCAGUCACCUGGGCAGACAGGAUUUCUCAGCUAUGGCACAAGCUUUGGGACCCCUCAACCUGGACAGGCACCGUACAGCUACCAGAUGCAAGGUAGCAGUUUUACAACAUCAUCAGGAUUAUAUACAGGAAAUAAUUCACUCACAAAUUCCUCUGGAUUUAACAGCUCACAGCAGGACUACCCAUCUUAUCCCAGUUUCGGCCAGGGUCAGUAUGCACAGUAUUAUAACAGCUCACCGUAUCCAGCACAUUACAUGACGAGUAGCAACAGCAGCCCAACAACGCCGUCCACGAAUGCCACUUACCAGCUUCAGGAGCCACCAUCCGGCAUUACCAGCCAAGCAGUUACAGAUCCCGCAGCAGAGUAUGGUACAAUCCAUAGCCCGUCAACACCUAUUAAAGAUUCAGAUUCUGAUCGAUUGCGUCGAGGUUCAGAUGGGAAGUCACGUGGACGGGGCCGAAGAAACAAUAACCCUUCUCCUCCUCCGGAUUCUGAUCUUGAGAGGGUGUUCAUCUGGGACUUGGACGAGACAAUCAUCGUUUUCCAUUCCUUGCUCACUGGGUCCUAUGCCAACAGAUAUGGGAGGGAUCCACCUACUUCAGUUUCCCUUGGACUGCGAAUGGAAGAAAUGAUUUUCAACUUGGCCGACACUCAUCUAUUUUUUAAUGAUUUGGAAGAAUGUGACCAAGUUCAUAUAGACGAUGUCUCUUCUGAUGACAACGGACAAGACCUGAGCACAUAUAACUUUGGAACAGAUGGCUUUCCUGCUGCAGCAACCAGUGCUAAUUUAUGCUUGGCAACUGGUGUCCGGGGCGGUGUAGACUGGAUGAGAAAGUUGGCCUUCCGCUACAGACGAGUAAAAGAGAUCUACAAUACCUACAAAAAUAAUGUUGGAGGUCUGCUUGGUCCAGCCAAGAGGGAAGCCUGGUUGCAGCUGAGGGCUGAAAUUGAAGCCCUGACAGACUCCUGGUUGACACUGGCUCUAAAGGCCCUCACGCUCAUUCACUCCCGAACGAACUGUGUGAAUAUUUUAGUAACAACUACUCAGCUUAUCCCAGCAUUGGCGAAAGUCUUGCUAUAUGGUUUAGGAAUUGUAUUUCCAAUAGAAAAUAUUUACAGUGCAACUAAAAUAGGAAAGGAAAGCUGUUUUGAGAGAAUAAUUCAGAGGUUUGGAAGAAAAGUGGUGUAUGUUGUCAUAGGAGAUGGUGUGGAAGAGGAACAAGGGGCAAAAAAGCACGCCAUGCCCUUCUGGAGGGUCUCCAGCCACUCGGACCUCAUGGCCCUACAUCAUGCCUUGGAGCUGGAGUACCUGUAACAGUCACCUCGCACUUUGAAGCUGCACAGCCGCCCUGUGACCGGGGGGACACAUCCACCAAGCUGAGUCCCAAGUGGGCGCCAGACUCCAAAUUAACAUUUCAGCAUUUUGACACCCAGCUGCUGUGGGUCCUCGCCUCCACCUCUGUGGGAAAUGAAGGACACCACACCCCUUUCUUCAGAACAGCUGUUGACUCCUAGUACUGUGAAUCCAUUGCAAAUAAGCCAUGAGAAUGUUCUAGCACAGUGUCGUGUGUCUUGGCCACAUUAACUAACCAUGGUUCGAACCUGUGAAGAAAGGACCUGCAGACGCUUUGUUUCUAGCAUCUUCAAUGUGACAUAGCACAGCUUCUCCAGUACAACCAACUUGAUUGCACAACAAAGACUGAGAUGGGUUUCCUGAGUACCAGUGGGGGGAUUUUUCUUGUAAAGGUUUACUUUUUCUGGUGUCUCAUACCCAGGGUCUUCUGUACAUCCCUACUUAUUUAUGAACAGACUUUAAAAAAAAAAAAACUGAAAACACAGCUUUAUCGAGGUAUAAUUCAAGAACCAUACAGUUCACACAAACGGACUUUUGACAUCAGAUAACUGAAGAGACAAUAGCAUAAC